AACCCAGCCCCGGGCUCAGAUGAUCUAAAUUGUAUACUCGUAAAAAUCAAGAAAGAAAAUUAGAGAUCUUGAUCAUCAUAUUCUGAUCAUCAUAUGGGAAAUUGUCUGUUCAAGGCUAGCUCUGAAGAUAACCCUACUCAAUCCAUCCAAAUUAAGCCUCCCAACAAUCCGCCAGGAUCAUCAUCAAAAAAUGGUCAUGACCAAAACGACAAGCUAAAUCAUGAAAUAUUGGUGGCAGAUGAUCAAAACAGCCACGCUCCUACGGCGAUCGGCGGCGAAAGAAGUGGUAGAAACACUAGUCCUCCAUUAAUUAAUGGAAGGUCGACAUUAUUAAUGGAGCCAAGCUUAAAAGUAUUCACCCUAGCGGAAUUGAAGGCGGCCACAAAAGAAUUUAGAAGCGACACAUUCCUUGGAGAGGGAGGCUUUGGAGAGGUCUUCAAAGGCUGGAUCGACGAGAAGACGUAUGCGCCGUCGACGGUCGACGGCAUUGGUGUGCCCGUUGCCGUCAAGAGGUCCAAGUUCCCUUAUAGCUGUCAAGGCCCUAAAGAAGGGAAGGCCGAAGUGAAAUUUCUAGCCAAGUUCUCUCAUCCUAACCUCGUUAAGCUCCUAGGUUUCUGUUGGGAGGAGAAUCAAUUUCUCCUUGUCUACGAGUACAUGCCCAAGGGAAGCUUGGACAAGCACCUUUUCAUGAGAGCAAGUGUAGAAGCACUUUCAUGGGACAUGAGGCUUAAAAUAGCAACAGGAGCGGCUCGAGGCCUGGCUUUCCUACACAAUUCAGAGUCGUCAGAGAAGUCCGUCAUUUACCGUGAUUUCAAGACAUCAAACAUUUUGUUGGACGAGGAGUAUAAUGCCAAGCUCUCAGAUUUUGGGCUAGCGAAGUUUGGCCCAAUAGAUGGAAAAUCUCACGUGACGACACGUGUCAUCGGCACUCAUGGUUAUGCAGCUCCCGAAUAUGUUGCAACCGGGCAUUUAUAUGUAAAGAGUGACGUGUACGGUUUCGGUGUGGUGCUGCUGGAAAUGCUAACGGGCCGACACGCUAUAGACGAGUUUCGGCCCGUAGAGGAGAUAGAACUGGUGAAAUGGGCUCGGCCUUAUCUUAAUGACAAAAAGAAACUGAAGAAGAUAAUGGACCAAAGGCUGGAGAAUCUGUACCCAAGAAGGGGUGCAUGGGAAGCAGCUAAGCUCGUGAGAAAAUGCCUCCAAUAUGAUCGCAACAACAGGCCAUCCAUGAAAGAGGUUUUGGAAACUUUAGAGAACAUCAAUCCCAUUAUACAGGGAUGACCAAGUGGAACUUAAACCUUUUUUCUCUCUUGGGUGUGAAGAGAAUAUGGAAUCUAAACGAUGGUUAAUAUUUCUUUUGAUGAUUAUUCGUCUAUAA